AUGGACACAGCCAACGACAGUGCCCACAGCCCUUUCAUCCUCCUGGGUUUUUCUGACCGCCCAGGUCUGGAGAAGGUCCUCUUCGUGAUCAUCCUGACAGCCUACAUCCUGACCCUUGUGGGAAACACCACCAUCAUCCUGGUGUCCCGGCUGGACCCGCACCUCCGCACCCCCAUGUACUUCUUCCUCACACACCUGUCUCUCCUGGACCUAAGCUUCACCAGCAGCUCUAUCCCACAGCUGCUCUACAACCUGGGCGGCCAGGACAAGACCAUCAGCUACGCGGGCUGUGCGGUGCAGCUCUUCCUGUUUCUGGGCCUGGGCGGUGUGGAGUGUUUGCUGCUGGCCGUCAUGGCCUAUGACCGAUUCGUGGCCAUCUGCAGGCCCCUGCACUACAUGGUGAUCAUGCAUCCACGGCUCUGUGUGGGGUUAGUGUCUCUUGCUUGGGGCUGUGGGGUGGCCAACUCCUUGGCCAUGUCUCCAGUGACCCUAAGCUUACCCCGCUGUGGACACCGCAAGGUGGACCACUUCCUCUGUGAGAUGCCGGCCCUGAUCAGGAUGGCCUGUGUCAACACUGCUGCUGUGGAAGGCACCAUCUUCGUCCUAGCAGUGGGCAUAGUGUUAUCCCCACUGAUGUUCAUCUUGGUCUCCUAUGGCUACAUUGUGAGGGCUGUCUUGAAAAUCCGAUCAGCCUCUGGAAGACAAAAGGCCUUCAACACCUGUGGCUCACACCUCACAGUGGUCUCACUGUUCUACGGAAACAUCAUCUACAUGUACAUGCAGCCUGGCAACAGCUCCUCCCAGGACCAGGGCAAGUUCCUCACCCUCUUCUACAACAUCGUCACCCCACUCCUCAACCCUCUGAUCUACACCCUCAGAAAUAAGGAGGUGAAGGGAGCACUGAGGAGGUUGCUGAGGGGUGGCAGAGAAGUUGGGAAAGAGUAG